CUUGCCAUCUCUCAGUUUUCUCAGCUUGCUUCUUCCGCUCCUGUCGCCGACUCGCGGGGUCGAUCCCAUGAGGAUACAUUUGCCCCAAGAUACGACGAUGCUUUCUCGAAGCGUAGUGACAGCUAUAGCGGAUACGCUGCCGGUCAGCAGUCUGGUUUCACCCCCGGUGACUUCAGCAAUAUCGCUGGAUCGGCCCUUGGCCCGGGCGUCAUUUCAAACAUCCCACUCACCUCCUUAAACCCUGGUGGAAUUAUUUCAGGGACUGGUGCUCUGGCUAACUCCCUCCCGCUUGGGGGUGUUUCUGGCGUUCUCGCUAACCCACCAAAUGGAGUUCUGAAUGCGGGGAACAGCGCACUACAUAACCCACUCGUGACUUGGUUGCCUCUUGCCGGACAAGGAGUUUCUCCUCUUGGGUAUGGAGGGAUAAUCAAUUCUGAUCAACUUCCUGGCGGCGCCCCAUGUAUUAUCGGUAUAGCUAGUGGUCUCACUGGUGGUCUCACUGGUGGUCUCACUGGUGCUGCCACUGGUGUCAUUCAGAACACGCCCUUGGGCAGUGUCCCGGGCAUGGUUCAAGGACAGAGCGCCAACUUACCAGGGUUGAGUAUUUAUGGCAGCUCAGAGGGGCCAACGUACCGAAUCCCUGGUUCAGCGGUACCUAAUGUCAUCUAUCCGUAUCAAAUUCAAUUCAAUUCUGAUGACGGAGACAAGGAGAGCGAGCCUGCGAAAACUCCUGCGGUCUCCCCGCCCGCGAAAGUUCCGUCCCUCUCGGGGAGUGUUCACGAUAACAACAUUAGCACGACGUCAGUCUCUAAGCCUAAUAUGAGCACGACCGUUUCUCAAGUUGAACCUAGCGACGUGACAGAUAAGGUUCCCGAUGGGGUUAAGGGAAAGCUCCCUGUGCCGAAGGACCCGACUAAGGAGGCGAAAACCCAUCUACCUCAUCCAGACCCCAGCUUCCGUCUCCCCUUCUCUGCUUCGCCAGCACCGCCGAUUCCGACUCAACUCGCUGAUCGAAAAGCUCACACAGAGUCGUCGACAAGGAACGCCACCCGAACACACAGCGAUGAGUCUUCUACAUCUGCUGCACCAAUGCAGGUCUCUUCGCCAUUAUCUUCAUCUGCGUUGUAAGCAAACAUCGAGUUGAAGACGGAGGAUAGAGGUUUACUAGAACUCCAUUCAUCACCUUUUGUAGAAGUUCUCAGCGUUCCUGAAUAAAAUGGGUUUCUUUGUGCUUUAUUUUCAUACCACACUAGCUCCAAAUAGAAGGAACGCUUAGCGA